GAACAUCUGUUGUUUGACUGUUUCAAUGACCUUAAGUGUUAAAGUCUUUUUCACGAACUUUGUGAUAUUGUUGUAGUGUUUCCACCGCGAUAAUUGGCCUAUAUCAAACCGCUAACCAUUUGCAGAAGUUUAGUGUACAUGUAGGCCUACAACUGCGAGUACUUUGAAUAAUACUUUGGACCGAUCGAGUGACAGUACGUGCAUAGAGGACCCGGCGUCGUGGGAAAGUUGCGGGUACUUGAAUUGGUUUUCGACGGGAACGACAUCGGCGUGUUUCAUUCGGGAGAGGUCCUUGGAUGUUUCAUCAGGAUUAUACUUUUAUUUAUUCAGCUGUUUCUAGUGACGCAAACGACGCUGGCCCGAUUUUCUAUAACUGGAGGACUUAAUCUGCUUCAGAAUCACUUCGGUGUCUUGUAAAAAAAAAAAGGACGCGACAUGGGCAAGACGUGCGCUGUGGCAGCUUUAGUUGCAACCCUGCUUUGUGUGACAUGUGCUGCAGGGGGAGCCAAUGAAGUUAUACCUCCAGAGAUGUCCGAAACAUCAUUCCUCGUGGACUGUGACUUCGACAGCGCAAUCCCCUUUUGCCAUUAUACCAACAGCAAGACGGAUGACGCUGAUUGGUAUACUACGUCUGGUAGACUGAACGAUGACGAAAUUGGUCCUGUUGCUGAUCACACCACCGGAAACUAUACGGGUACCUACCUCUACACCAAAACGUCCUAUUCUGAGUCGUUCGAGUCACGCCUAGAAGGUGUUACAGCCGUGGCACCAGCCGACGGUGGAUGCGUGAGGUUUUGGUAUCACAUGUACGGCUCUUCGAUUGGAUCACUCAAGGUGCACACUGAGAGGAGUGGUGAUCUUGGCCCGGCCCGUUGGUCCCAGUCGGGAUAUACCAAAGUCAGCCAGUGGUAUGAGGCAUCGAUCAGCAUUGAGCCUGCCAGCGAAUUUAAGCUCGUCUUCAUUUCCGAAAGUGGAACCGGUUUUCGUGGCAACAUAGCUAUUGACGAUAUCAGCUUCGUUGAUGGACAAUGCCCCGUUAUACCUCCAGAGAUGCCCGAUCCGUCCUUCCUCGUGGACUGUGACUUCGACAGCGCAAUCCGCUUUUGCCAUUAUACCAACAGCGAGACUGAUGAAGCUGAUUGGUAUACUAUAUCUGGUAAACUGAACGAUGACGAAAUUGGUCCUGUUGCUGAUCACACCACCGGAAACUAUGCGGGUACCUACCUCUACACCAAAACAUCGUAUUCUAAGUCUUACGAGUCUCGCCUAGAAGGUGUUACAGCCGUGGCACCAGCCGACGGUGGAUGCGUGAGGUUUUGGUAUCACAUGUACGGCUAUGAGAUUGGAUCACUCAAGGUGCACACUGAGACGAGUGGUGAUCUUGGCCCGGCCCGUUGGUCCCAGUCGGGAUAUACCAAAGUCAGCCAGUGGUAUGAGGCAUCGAUCAGCAUUGAGCCUGGAAGCAAAUUUAAGCUCGUCUUCGUUUCCCAAAGUGGGACUGGUUUCCAAGGCAACAUUGCAAUUGAUGACAUCAUCUAUGUGGAUGGACCAUGCGGUGAGAGGCCAGAUCCGUUUUUCCUCGUGGACUGUGACUUCGACAGCGCAAUCCCCUUUUGCCAUUAUACCAACAGCGAGACUGAUGAAGCUGAUUGGUAUACUACGUCUGGUAAACUGAACGUUGACGAAAUUGGUCCUGUUGCUGAUCACACCACCGGAAACUAUUCCGGUACCUACCUCUACACUAAAACGUCUUAUUCUGAGUCGUUCGAGUCACGCCUAGAAGGUGUUACAGCCGUGGCACCAGCCGAGGGUGGAUGCGUGAGGUUUUGGUGUCACAUGUACGGCUCUUCGAUUGGAUCACUCAAGGUGCAUACUGAGAAGAGUGGUGAUCUUGGCCCGGCCCGUUGGUCCCAGUCGGGAUAUACCAAAGUCAGCCAGUGGUAUGAGGCAUCAAUCAGCAUUGAGCCUGCCAGCGAAUUUAAGCUCGUCUUCGUUUCCGAAAGUGGGACCGGUUUCCGUGGCAACAUUGCAAUUGAUGAUAUCAGCCUUGCUGGUGGACCGUGCCCCGUUAAACCUCCAGAGAUGCCCGAUCCGUCUUUCCUCGUGGACUGUGACUUCGAGGGCGCAAUCCCCUAUUGCCAUUAUACCAACAGCAAGACCGAUGACGCUGAAUGGUAUACUACGUCUGGUAAACUGAACGAUGACGAAAUUGGUCCUGUUGCUGAUCACACCACCGGAAACUAUUCCGGUACCUACCUCUACACCAAAACGUCCUAUUCUGAGUCGUUCGAGUCACGCCUAGAAGGUGUAACAGCCGUGGCACCAGCCGAGGGUGGAUGCGUGAGGUUUUGGUAUCACAUGUACGGCUCUUCGAUUGGAUCACUCAAGGUGCACACUGAGGCGAGUGGUGAUCUUGGCCCGGCCCGUUGGUCCCAGUUGGGAUAUACCAAAGUCAGCCAGUGGUAUGAGGCAUCAAUCAGCAUUGAGCCUGCCAGCGAAUUUAAGCUCGUCUUCGUUUCCGAAAGUGGGACCGGUUUCCGUGGCAACAUUGCAAUUGAUGAUAUCAGCCUUGCUGGUGGACCGUGCCCCGUUAAACCUCCAGAGAUGCCCGAUCCGUCUUUCCUCGUGGACUGUGACUUUGACAUCAGCGCAAUCCCCCUUUGCCAUUAUACCAACAGCAAGACUGAUGAAGCUGAUUGGUAUACUAUAUCUGGUGGACUGAACGAUGACGAAAUUGGUCCUAUUGCUGAUCACACCACCGGAAACUAUACUGGCACCUACCUCUACACCAAAACGUCUUAUUCUGAGUCUCUCGAGUCACGCUUAGAAGGUGUUACAGCCGUGGCACCAGACGACGGUGGAUGCGUGAGGUUUUGGUAUCACAUGUACGGCUCCUCGAUUGGAUCACUCAAGGUGCACACUGAGGCGAGUGGUGAUCUUGGCCCGGCCCGUUGGUCCCAGUCGGGCUAUACCAAAGUCAGCCAGUGGUAUGAGGCAUCGAUCAGCAUUGACCCUGGAGAGGACUUUAAGCUCGUAUUCGUUUCCCAAAGCAGAGUUGGUUCCGUCGGUAACAUUGCGAUCGAUGACAUUGGCCUUGUGUCGGGAAAAUGUUAAGGAAUUCAUCUUCCUCAUCGGAAGUAUUCACGACAUCAGGAGUAAGAAGCUCUAAGUUUCCAUGAAGCAGUUGAGAACUUGACAAUAAAUGAAAUCAUUUGUUGAAUAAUGAUUAUAUCCAAUAUUUCAAAUAAUGGUAGCUUCUGAUUUCUUUUUAAUAACUAUCGGUUAAUAGUACCUUUUGAAUUAUUCAAAAUAUGUAUAUUAACACCUGAUAAUUUCAAAUGGAUUUUACCCCCAGAAUUUCAUUAUAUUAGAGUAUGCUUUUGAAUAAUAAUUGUCUCCGGAUCGAGUGGUAUAGGCUUGUGCUUUUCACCUUUAAGUAGUUCUGAAUUCAUAGCUUUUUAACUGCAUUACUUCAGUAACCACCAAAGACUCUCAUAUUAAACCGUGAAACGCGGAGACGGAAUUAUCAGUACAACUGGUGAGGAAGUCAUCCCUCAUAACCCCUGAUUAAAUUUAUGGAACCUGGGUGGAUUUGACGCUACGGGGCCUACAACUUGUACGAACAUGAGAACAUUGUAAUCAUCAUUUCUUCCGUGGCGGUUAGGAAACCAGACUUAAUGCACUCCUGUAUUAAGACAAGAUAAGUUUGCGGUAGCACCA